AUGGAACAAUUAAAUCAAAAUCAGCCAGGCUUAGUGCAGCCUCCAAUUGCAGCAGCAGCAGCAACGGAAUCACCAAUUUCAAAUAAAGAGAAUAUCACUCCAAUGACUUCAGGAAGUGUUGAAGCGGCAAGAAGAGGAUCCCCAUCUAGCCUGGUUGCGGUUCCUCAAAUUACAACUCCAAAAAUUACAGCAGAAACGCCAUCACACUACAAGUCAACUCGCCCAACACGAAACAGGAAAGAACCACAACGUUUUUUAUGGCAACUGUCGAACAUAAGGAAAACCUCCAUGCAUGGAGGAACAUGCAUAUAUGUUAGAGAGGACGUCAAACAUGAAAAUUUAAAGUUCACUAAACAGCUAGGGGAAGAGCAAAACUUCGAAAUUUCUGCUACAGAACUGACAAAUUUAAAUAUAAUUGUUAUUUGCAUAUAUAGAAGCCCAGAUGGAAACGUAACUACUUUCACUGAAAAUCUUGAGAAUGCACUUAACAGUAUAAAAAUAGUUAGUAAGACAACCAUCAUAUGUGGUGAUUUUAAUAUAGAUUUCAAUAAGAACUCAAAAGACAGAUUAAACCUUGAGGCCUUAUUAAAAACCUACAACAUACAUACAACUAUCAAAUCCCCCACCAGAGUCACCAAAUUGUCAAGCAGUGCUAUAGAUCAGAUACUAAUAAAUACAGACAAAUAUUUAUACAAAUCUGGAAAUAUGAAUACAGGUUUCAGUGAUCAUUAUACACAGUUUAUUGAAUUCCCAGUAGACACUGAAGGAAAUACUGAACAACAAAUGACAAGAAAAGGUAGAAAUUUUAGCAAGCACAACCUAGAACACUUAAGGAACUUACUGAAAAAAGAAACAUGGAAUGAAAUAGACAACUAUGAGGACACACGUAAAAAGUUUGACAUGUUCAUGGAAAUAUUCUCCCAUUAUGUCAAUAUUUCUUUUCCAGUUAAAAACCAAACAUUAAAAACUAAAAAAAGAAAUGUUACAUGGCUGACGAAAGGCAUUAAAAUAUCGUGUGCUGAAAAGAGGAGACUUUAUGAAAUCUCAAAAACACAAAAUGUUACAGAACAAUUACUGGUGCAUUUCAAGAAUUCCAUGUGGAAGAUAGUCAGAGAACAAGAAGGAAACGAGACCUCCCAAAAUGUAAAUCUCCAGGUAAUCCAAGAUGGCAAAAAAAUUACAAAUCCAGAAGAAGUAGCCAAUGCUUUUAAUACAUACUUUGCAAAUAUUAGUGAAAAAUUACUAUCUGACAUAAAAUCUUCAAAUAAAAAUCCUGCUACAACACCGUCCAAUCAAAAUAGAAACUGCAACUCCCUAUUUCUUACUCCAACCAACCCUAAGGAAAUUAUACUAUCAAUAAGAGAGUUAAAAACAAAAUUUUCAACAGGUGUGGAUGAGAUUCCAGAUUAUGUCAUUAAGAAUGUGGGGGACCUCAUUGCAAUACCAUUAGCCCACAUUUUCAACAGUUCAUUAACAAAUGGAGUCUUUCCUUCCUGCUUAAAGACAGUGAAACUAAAACCACUGUUCAAAAAGGAUGACACAAGCAUAUUAGUCAGCGGGAAAACUGCAGAGAUACUACAGACAAGACUGUCUGAAGCAUUAGCAAAUGUUGUAAACUGGUUCAACCAAAACAAACUAAUAAUAAAUAAAAGCAAAACAGUAGCAUUAAAUUUUCAUAAUAUCAAGAGAAACAUUGAAGAGGAUAUAAGAAUUCAGAUGUCAGACACGGAUAUUGCAACAUUAAAAGAAUAUCUGUUGACACAUUGCUUUUAUAGUGUGGAAGAGUUCCUCCAAAAUCCUCGAGAGUCUAAGUGA